AUGCCGUGGGCAGGAAGGGAGAGAGAGAAGGAGGACGAGUUCGAGGGCCACCCAUGGGGCAAGCGCCCCGACGCACAGAUGAAGAUGGUGUUGUACCGCAUAACAGAAGCACUACAAGCCAACGAGGCCGCGGUGGAGGCGGCGAUUCAACAGGGGCCCGACCCCAGUGCGACGAAGCAGGCCGUGAAGUGCAUCGCGGAGUGGAGCACCAGAGUCCAGGACACGACGACGAUCUUCCACGCCACCAGGUGCUUCAUGGUGACGACGCAGGACACCGCGAACCACGAGGUGAAGAAGUGGAUCUUCGCAACAUGCCACCACCCGGAGCUCCAGCAGGCAUUCAUGCAGCUGCGGGACAACGGAGGCGCCCUCGCGGCAGGGCUGCUGCUGGAGCGCGACACGGCGCCGCGGAGCAAGGCGGCGAAGACCGUCGAGCGGCUCGCGUUCAAGGCGGGCAAGCAGGGCAAGACCAAGGGCAAGGGCAGCAAGCGCCAGAAGCACUGA